CAACGUUCACGCGCAUCAGCGCAAAAACUGCAGCUAACAACAUGGCGGACGUAUUAGAUCUUCAUGAAGCGGGAGGCGAGGACUUUGCUAUGGAUGAGGAUGGUGAUGACAGCAUCCACAAGUUAAAAGAGAAGGCAAAGAGGAGAAAGGGACGAGGUUUUGGUUCAGAGGAGGGAGCGAGGUCCAGAGUGAGAGAGGACUAUGAUACAGUGGAGCAGGAUGGAGAUGAGCCAGGCCCUCAGAGAUCUGUAGAGGGUUGGAUCCUUUUCGUGACUGGGGUACAUGAGGAGGCCACUGAGGAGGACAUCCACGACAAGUUUGCGGAGUUUGGAGAGAUCAAGAACCUACAUCUGAACCUGGACCGAAGAACAGGUUACCUUAAGGGUUAUGCGCUGGUGGAGUAUGAGACGUACAAAGAAGCCCAGGCAGCCAUGGAAGGGCUGAAUGGCCAGGACAUGAUGGGCCAGCCUAUCAGUGUGGACUGGGGCUUCGUCAGAGGACCUCCCAAGAGCAAGAGGAGGGGUGGUGGACGUAGACGUAGCAGGAGUCCAGACAGGCGACGACGUUGAUCCCUUCCCACAUUUGUGAUAUGUAAUAGCGUUAACUUCUCUGAUGGCUCUAUGGUAAUCAACUGUUUAAUUGCAAAUGGCCCUGACAAGUGUGCCUUAGAGUCAAAAUUAUUAGUAGUUUCAGCAAAAUGUCAGGGUUGCCAUUUUUAUUUUUUUAUUACUAAAACAAAGAACACCAAAUACACUAUGAUCAGUGAAACGUUGUUUGCAUAAAAAAAACUGUUUUAAAUUAGUGAUGUGUUUUCUUAUGGAUCCCUCUAUUCUGUUUCAAGGUUUAAUUUGGUUAUGUUCUGGGCCCUGUUUCCCAAAAGCAUCUUAAAGCUAAGUUAAUUGUUAGAAUCAUAGGAUCCUUGGUUUUAAUGAUGAACUUAGCCUUAAGAUACUUUUGGGAAACUGGGCAUUUGUACAGCUUUUUUAAAAAUGUAUUACAUGGGAAUAAAACAUUUUUAGUGAA